AGCAGAAGCUCUCUUCAUACAAAAUGGAAUACACGGGAAGCAGUCACGAGGGAGAUUUAAAAAAUGGACGGUAAGAAGAGCAUUCAGUUUGAGUUAUUAAUCACACGCACAGUUUUGAUUAUAUUGCAUCGUCUGUUUUCGUCGUUAAUAGAAUGGAAGGACAAGCCGAAUACCACUUGCCACCUUCGCUCGAAACAAAAUAUGUCGGCGAAAUGAAAGAUGGAAUGUAAGCAAAUGCAUUUUGUUGCUUGAUGUGUAGAAAUUAUAUGUUAUGUCGGAAACAGACAGAAAAUAAUGGUAGCAUAAAAUUGUUUUAAGCGACAUGUACGAUCUUUUGUAGCUGCAAGGUUAAUUUCUCUUUAAGCUAACCGAAGCUUCAAAAUAUGCAGCUUUUAGAUAAAUAUAGUUGUUCUUGACCUCAUUCCCGGGGGAAUCCCAGUUAGAGCUAGAGGAAGCUGUAGGAGUCAAUUAGAAUGGAUUGACGUUAAAGGAUUGGUUACAGUGACGUCAUAAAGUGUGUCCGUUUGACGUCAUUUUAUCAUUAUUUCGUGAUUUAAUGCACGAGUCCAAAAGUAACCUUAGGAUGUUUUUAGAAACAGACACAAUUAACCAAAUUUUUUCCUUUUGGGGUGAUAUUGCUUUUUUAAUGGGUUAUCAAUAUUGAAAAAUAAUUUUAACACCUACACAUGAAAGUCCAUCUCUUGUUUGACAAACUGACAACAUUUCAUUUGGUUAUAUUCUCCCUGAAGUGAUGAGAAAAUGAAAGUUAAAGGCACUUGACUUGAGCCAGUAUAUAUAUUUGUGGAUAAAAUCCAUUCAAGUCAAACCAGAAUUUCAUUAUCUCUUACAAAGAGUAUUUAGGGGUGGGAAACAAAGAGAAUUCUGAAUCAAACCAGGCUGAAUACACUCUUAACCUGAAAACAGAUUUUAUCUUCAACGUAUUGAAAGUUACAGUGAGCAUCAAUAGAUUUGAAUCCCUUUUUCCCUUAAAGUAGCGCAUAGCCUAUAAUGAACCCUUGUAAAAUUAUAAAACAAGCAGCAAUUUAAAUUAAUAUACCCUAGUCUUUCAGCUGGUAUCGUGGAGAAAGGUCAAAUCUUACCUCAUUGAAUUCAAUAUAUAGGUACAAAUCAUCUAACUGUCAUUCAGUUAUCAAGAGCCUAUUUUAAGCAUUGUCAGUUCAAUAAGCAUAAGAGUUGUUGUAAUAAAAAUAAAGUAGAUACAUGAUCCUCUUUAAACUUACCACAAAAAUAGAAUUAAUGUAAUGUCAUUUCUAAAAACUCAUUGAAGGUUUCAUGGUGAAGGAACAUUAUUCUUCUCAAAUGGAAGCAAGUACGUUGGGAAAUGGGAAAAAGGACUAGCAGUAGAGGUAAAUUAAUUUAACUCCUAAACUUCAGAAAAAAUCUCUGACUAUCUUAGUAACUUGCUUUACCAUCACUUGCUGCCUGUUUGGUACAUUGUAGAGUUAAACAUGCAGAUACAUGUUUCUCCAUUUAAGACUGUCUGGUUGGUUAACAGUUCAAAACAAGAAGUAAAUCAAAAGAUAAGAAAAUUACCUUUUUUUCCACUGUCACAGUCUUGUAGGGCUUAAUCUCUUUUAAAGGGUGAGACCAAAUGAUGAUUUAUCGGGAAAAGCGUUGUAAUGGGAGGCUGUAAAAUUAUAUAUAAUCCCUAUUUCUGACCCCAGUCUCCAUAUCUCACAUGCAAUGUAUAAUUUUCUUUCACUUUGGCAGGGAAAAUACACAUUUGCAGAUGGUUUAGAGUAUGAUGCAGAGGACUGGGAAUAUUGUGAUGGUUAUGACAGGCGAUUCUAUACUGAGAUAUGUCAUGGACUUAAGCCUGCAGGUACGGUUUAUGAUCCUUUUUACACACCAUAAUAAUUAAUAGUCUGAGUGUCAUAACUUUAAACAAAAUCGAUAUAAGAUAGAGCAGCUGUCUUGCCUGAGUCACUGGAUUGAUUUCAGUGUAUAUCCCAAGUACUUUAUAUGGACUUUUAAAAAUCCCGGAUGUAAUUAUGAAUUUACUUGGAAUGUAAGCUGCCAGACCACCUGAUGAUUUUGACAAUUUUUCUCUGGCCUGUGCAAAUGUCUGAACUGUCAAUCCUUAUUCAGCGACCUUGUUAAUAUGACCACUGCGACAAUAUGGCCAACAAAAGAAACAAACAAUGCUGAAUCAGUUUCUUGAAAUAAACUUGUCUUUUUUUGCAGGUCGCUCUCAACUCACAAACCGUAUUCCUCCUCGUGAGAUUCCUGAAGGUUGUUAUGACUGUGGUGAUGGCUUCUAUAAUCCUGUUUCCAGAGUUAUCGUUGAUUAUGAGCACAAAUUCCUCAGAAAUGCAGGUACAUGUGCAAAACAAAAAUUAAAAUUUUUAUCUUAGGACCAUACCCUAAAGUGCAGAAAUAUUUUGGUGGCCAAUUUUCAGUUGAUAUUGAGUAGAUGCUGCUGACAGCUUGCUUUUGGCACAUUUUAUUGGCACUGCAAUUCUGGGGGAACCCAAGCACUAGAAUUUGUAAAUACAGUAAGUAGAGCAAGGCAUAACUAUACAAUGUUAGUGCAAAACGGAUGAGUCAAAAAGGGCAAAAAAGAUUUUGUGAGAAACAGUCUGGCUCUCCCUUCUUACCAAAUUUUGUACUCUCAUCCUAAUACCCACCCUACGUCCCGAACUUUCAUCUAUCUUUUUUUGCUUCUUAAAGUAUCAAGAAGGCUCUAAGGCUUUGGAUACAUAUAAUACUACAAAAGUGAAUUUUGUUCCUUGGGGUGGGGUUGGCUAAAUUACCAUUUACAGGAGAACUAUAAAACUUGAAAUUGGUCAUAAAAAUGUGUAGAAAUCAGAAUUUUUGUUGCCAUGACAGGUGAUGUGUAGAACAGAGUUGCAAUAUGCAUGUAAAUAUGGUGAGGUGUAGGCUAUUGGGUUCCUUGGUCUCAGCAGUACAUGCCCAGCACCUAAACCUUAUAAAGUUUCCCAGUUGUUAUUGCCCUGUGUUAGUUAAUGCAUGUACUCAGUUGUAAUUUAUUUGCUCAUUGUUAGAUGAUGAUGAACAUGAAUGGAUUUUGAAAACAUGCAGGAAGGGCUGGGAUGAGAAUGUUGGUUACAGGCCAGACGUCAUCAGAUAG